AUGAUUUCGAAAAUUUCAAAUCAAUAUUGUCUGUUCAUAUUUUUACUAAUGAUAAUACUCAUCGAAACAUGCGAUGUUGAAGUUCGAUUAAAAUCUAAUACUGAAAAACCAUUCCAAUUUCAUCUUUCGGUUGAAGCCGUAAAAUAUUGGAGUCAUCGAGUUACUGUAACAGGGAAAACGGUUAAAAAACCGGAUGGUUCAUUCAGUAAUUAUCAUGUUUUUCAUAUAAAAGGUCCAAAAUGUAAUACGAAACAUUGGCAUUUCUUUGUUUGGGGAUUGAAAAAGGGAAGUAAUUUAACAUCACCAAUAUGGAAAAUUACCGAUCAUGAGAAAUUGAAAAUGAAAAGUUUAAAAAUGUUGAAAUUGUACAAAUUACAACCAUAUGUAUCGAUCACUGUAAAGGAAAAUUUGAAAAUAUCUAUGGGACCAAUAUUUGGUAUUUUAUGGUGUAAAUAUUGUUAA